AUGGUGAGAACGUCGUCUCUCAAUGAAAUACAGUUUCAGCCCGAAACAAAAAAGACAAAACCUCAAGCUGAUUCCGAAUUCUUGGUGCCACGUGAGGUGAUGCAGAAAGCUGUCAGUGCUAUGAGGAAGACCACAGAAUGCCUUGGCAUGGAGAACAACAGAAAGGACCUUCAGUUUGGGAAGCUGUCUCAAACACCACUCGAGCAUACGGUAGCGUUCAUGGAAGAGGUGUUAGUGCCUAUUCUAAGCAAUAAGGAAAACCAUACGUCCUGGCCAGGUUGUGUUUCCCAAGAUAUGGAGCAUCAUGUGGAAAUCAUGAAAAAUAAAACACAAAUUAUGAAAGGACUGAUGUCAGGAAGAACUCAUCUUCCCAUUCCCACAGGUGCAGCAAAGACUGACUUGCAUCAAAUAUAUGCUGAAAAUAAUCUGCAUGGCCUUCAUCCAGACCCCCAAACUGAGCUAAACUUCUGGAAAGCAAGAAAAGACAAUCUUUUCUAUAUAAAUGAGCAACUUCAGAGUCCUGUUGUUCAAAAAAUGAUUAAGAUCUUAAAAGCCGAAGAAAGCAGCUAUUAUCCUGCUUCUCAGGACAUUUUCAAGGAAGUAGAAGAUGCACUUGUAGAAGCCCAAGAUACUGAUCUGUAUCUGAGACUACUGGAAAAAUGCAUUCAGCUCUUUCGGGAGAUGGAAUUCCCAAAGAUCCGUAAUUUAAUCCCACCUUUAUUUCACACGAUCUGCCUGAUAUGGAGCCACUCCAAGUUCUACAGCAUGCCUGCACAAAUAGUAGUUCUGCUGCAGGAAUUUUGCAAUCUGCUUAUUGACCAGUCUAGGUUGUAUCUUUCACCAGAAAAUCUUUUCAAAGGAGAAACUGAAGAAGCAUUGGAGCAUGUGAAAAUAGCUAAAACUACCUUAAAAAGCUUUACUUCAUUCUUUAGUUACAGAAACAGAUUGGAGAGUUACUUCACCUGUGGCAAGGAAUUUAAACCAUGGGAUUUCAGAUCUGAGAUGUUGUUUUUCAGAUUUGAUAUGUUCCUCAACUGCUUACUGAAGAUUGAGGAAAUUUUCAUUAACAUGUUGUAAUUCCAAAAGCUGGAAAAGCUGGAGUUUGGUGGAAUCAAGGGGAAAAUUUUAAGUGAGCAGGUCUGCAGAAUGAAUGAAUAGUUUCUGGAAAGCUAUGAAGUUUUCAGAAAGAGAACAUACGAUCCUUCAGAUUACAGUAACAUGGAGUUUGAAGAUGAUUAUGCUGAAUAUAAAGCCAAAACCGUGGAUCUUGACAGACGUCUUGCCUCAGUUCUUUGUGUAGCAUUUCAUGACUCUUCAGGGUUAGAAUCCAUGUUCAAGCUCUUAACUCUCUUUGGAAGCUUUCUAAAAAAACCUGUCAUCGUGGAGAUAUUUAGCCCAAAUUGCAAUAUUUUAUUGGAAACAUUUUAUGAAGAACUGGAUAAAUGCAGACAUAUAUGACAAGAACACAUUAAAAAGGCAGAAGAAGGGAAUGAAAUAAUUAACAAAAAUAUGCCAGUUACUUCAGGAAACCUUAAAUGGGCUAAAGAACUGGGAGGAAUACAGAGAAUACACACAUUUUGGUUCUACUCGUCUGUGCCUCAUCUGUUCUUAGAAAGUCCAGAAGCUGCUUUUAUUUCUCAGAAAUAUAUGGAGAUGUUGAAAUUCCUUGACCAAUAUGAAGAUCAGACCUACUGCGGAUGGAAAGUUCAGGUGGAUGAAAUUUGUCAGUUUAAUUUAGACCAACCUCUAAUUAAGCGUAAUGCUGAAAAUGGCCUCCUGAGUGUGAAUUUUGACCCUAAGGUAUUGGCUUUAUUAAGAGAGGUGAUAACCUUGAUGUUGAACCAACCCAGUAUUCUAGAUUCUGCUUUAGCUUUGUGUGUUUUGUUUUUAAUUUCUUCUGCACCAUGGCCCUUGCAACUUGCAUGCUGUAUCGGAAACCUUGACCUUGUCGUUCAGCUGUACAACAGACUAAUGCAGACUACUCUGGAGGUAGAAUAUCCUCUGACUGAAAAAGAGCUGAGAACUAUUGAUGACGAGCUAAAAAAAGUGGAAGAAAUAUGCAUGUGGCAGGCGACAACCUGCUGGGACUGCAUCAAACAAGUGAAAGCAUCAGUGUGUGAUUUGGAGCAGAGAGUUCAGCAAUCAAAGGACAAUGUUAGAUCAAUCCAGGGAAUUAUGAACGCUUGGAUGGAACGUGCCCUCUUUUUCAGGAAAGGUAAAAAAGAAGCUCUAUUAUACCUGGAUGACAAAGGAGAAAGACUUGCUAAAGUAUACAAAAUGCUGCAAGAAAAUAGCUACCAGAUACGUCAUGUUGUAAAGGAAAAUUUAAAGCUCUUCAAAGCAGAUUCCUCUUCAGCCUCUUGGAAGAUUUAUAUAGAGUAUGUUGAUGACGUUGUUGUCAAUGGUUUAUAUAACACCAUAACGCAUUCUUUAGACUUCUUUUUGGAGAACACAGAAAAAAGUUUGAAGCCAGCUCCACUUUUUCAAGCCCAAAUGACCUUUAAUGGCACAGAGAUUCAAUUUAAACCUUCUCUAGAUAAAGAGGCUGGUGAUGGCUUUUAUGACCUAGUAGAUGAACUCCUGGGUGAUGUUUUCCAAAUGUCUGCCCAGGUGAAAAGGGUAGCAGCACACCUGGGAUCAGAACAUUACCAGAAUGAUACGGACAACGUGUUUGAUCUGUCUGAAAUCAGGCAGGAGAUUAUGGAGAGAGUGGCAAAUGUUACCGGCAAAGCCCUGGAGUACAGAAGAUCUCUUGCUAGUUACGCGUCUCUCUGGCUGGAGGACCAGUCUGAGUUUACGAAGCAAUUCCCUCUCCGUGGUCAUGGUUUAGCAUCCACAAAGAUGUCUCUUACUGAUGAAGGCUCUCAACAGCCUCCCAUCCUUAAACUGUUUAAAGAGCAGAUUGACAUCUAUGAAAAUCUUUAUGUUCAGAUAAGCAAGUUUGAAGACUCUAAAAUUUUUGGAAGUUCGUUUAAAGUGGAUACGAAGCCUUUCAAAAUGAGCUUGCUAAACAUUAUUAAGAAAUGGAGCGGGAUGUUUAAGGAGUAUCUCUUGAGCUGUCUCUUUGGUAGUCUGACUGACUUAGAGUUUAUAAAAGUGACAAAUGCUGGACUUCGAAGAGAGGUGACCAAGGGAGAUUAUUGUGUGCUGGUAGAAAUCAUGGGCCAUCUCUUGGCUGUGAAGCAGAGGCUGACAACUUCUGAUGAACUCUUUGAACCUUUAAAAGAGAUGGUUGCACUGUUAGAAAGCUAUGGACAGAAGAUGCCAGAAGAAGUUUAUGCCCAGUUAGAGGAAUUGCCUGAAAAAUGGAAUGCCAUUAAGAAGAAAGCUGUGUCGGUGAAGCACAAAGUAACUCCUCUUCAGGCAUCUGAGGUUGCAGUUACCAGAAGAAAAUGCACUUUGCUUGAUGGGAAGCAGGUGGAAUUCAGAGAAAGAUUUAAAAUGGAAGCUCCCUUUCAGUUUGAUGCAGAAGAUGCAUAUGCUUGUCUCCGCAAGGCAAAUCAAGAGCUUGAGAUGCUGGAAAAAGAAAUGUUACUAAUGCAGGAAUCUGCAAAACUAUUUGAAGUAGCUAUUCCAGACGAAGAAAUGCAGUUGCUCAAGAAAGUUUAGGAUAUUAGUGCUUAUAUUGAUAGCAGCAUUGAUCAUUGGGCUAAAAUCCAGUGGAGACAGAUUAAUGUGGAACAGAUGGAUGUGGAGCUCAGAAGGUUUGCCAAGGAAAUGUGGUCUUUGGAUAAAGACGUUCGUUCCCGGGAUGUAUAUAGGGGCUUGGAGUUAAAGGUGAAGAAUCUGAUGUCAUCACUGAGGGCAAUACUGGAGUUGCAAAAUCCUGCAGUCCGGGAGAGACACUGGUACCACAUCAUGAAUGUGACAGGAUUCAGGCUUUUAGUAGCAGAAGAUACUACCUUGACAGACCUUCUGGGACUCCAGCUUCAUAAAGUAGAAGAUGAAGUCCAAAGUGUAGUUGACAACGCCAUGAAAGAGUUAGGUACUGAAAAGAUUUUGGCAGAUAUCAGCCAAACAUGGGCUGCCAUGGAAUUUUCUUAUGAAGAGCAUCACAGGAACGAAGCUCCUUUAUUAAAGUCAGAUGAACAGCUGCUUGAAACUUUAGAUAACAAUCAAGUUCAGCUGCAAACAACUCUGAAAAGUAAAUACAUGGUAUAUUUCACUGAACAAGUGAAAGGUUGGCAAAAUAAACUAAACAUGGCAGAAUUUGUCAUUUCCGUUUGGAUGGAAGUUCAGCGCACAUGGUCUUAUCUAGAAAGUAUUUUCACUAGCUCUGAAGAGAUCAGAAGCCAGCUGCCUGAAGAUGCAAACAGAUUUGGUGAAUUCAACAGACUUCAAAGUUAUAAAUACAAAAAUGUGAUGGAAGCUACAACCAAGCCAAAGGUGUAUGAAAAAUUGAAGCUUUGCAAAAAGUGACUUUCUCUUUGUGAAAAAGCUCUGGCUGAAUAUUUAGAAACCAAGCACAUAGCUUUUUCUCGCUUCUAUUUUGUUUCUUCAGCGGACUUGCUAGACAUCCUUUCAAAAGGAACACAGCCAAAACAGUUGGCCCAUCAUCUUACCAAAUUUUUUGACAACAUUGCUGAUCUUAAAUUUCAAGAGAAUGUAGAGGAAUCUGUAAAUACUGCCCUUGGGAUGUUCAGCAGAGAAAAGGAGUAUGUUCCAUUCUAUGAAGGGUGUGGAUGCAGUGGUCAGGUGGAGUCUUGGUUGCAAUACCUUGAGGAAACUGUUCACAAAACAGUGCGCCUCUACAUCAUGGAGGCGAUACUGGCCUAUGAAGAGAAGCAGAGCGAGCAGUGGGGUUUUGACUACCCAGCCCAGGCUGCACUUACUGGUUCACAAAUCUGGUGGGUUUCAGAUGUUGAAAUGGCAUUCAGUAGGCUGGAAGAGGGCUUGGCAUCAGCCCUGGAGGAUUGUCACAAGAAGCAGGUCACUCAGCUAAAUGUUCUUAUUACCGUGCUGCUUGGAGAACUUUCCUCGGGUGGUCGACAGAAAAUCAUGACCAUUUGCACCAUAGAUGUUCAUGCUAGAGAUGCUGUAGCAAACCUUGUAGCUCAGAAGGUCGCCAGUUCCCAAGCUUUUGCUUGGCUGUCACAGCUACACCAUAGAUGGGAUGACACCCAGAAUCACUGUUUUGCCAACAUGUGCAAUGCUCGGUUUCAGUACUCUUAUGAGUACUUGGGAAAUACCCCUCGGCUAGUUAUUACACCUUUGACUGACAGGUGUUACAUUACUCUAACCCAGUCUCUCCACCUAACAAUGAGCGGUGCUCCUGGCACAGGUAAAACAGAGACCACCAAAAAUCUAGGCUGUGCCCUUGGUAUGAUGGUGUACAUCUUCAACUGUUCUGAGCAGAUGGAUUACAAGUCUAUAGAAAAUAUCUGUAAAGGUUUGGUCCAGACAGGAGCUUGGGGAUGCUUUGAUGAAUUCAAUCGCAUCUCGGUGGAAGUUCUGUCGGUGGUGGCAGUACAAGUGAAGACUGUCCACGAUGCAAUUAGGAACAAGAAAAAGAAAUUUUUAUUCCUUGCUGAAAACAUUACAUUGAAGUCAUCGGUUGGAAUAUUUAUUACCACGAGCCCAGGAUGUGCAGGUCGGACAGAACUACCUGAAAACCUCAAAGCUCUGUUCAGACCCUGUGCCAUGGUCGUCCCUGACAUUGAACUGAUCUCUGAAAUUACGUUGGUUGCUGGAGGCUUUAUUGAUGCACGUCUGGUAGCCAGGAAGUUUAUUACCUUGUAUGCUCUCUGCAGGGAGCUGCUUUCUAAACAGGACCAUUAUGACUGGGGACUUCAUGCUAUCAAGUCAGUUUUAGCAGUUGCUGGCUCUCUGAAAUGAGGAGACAAGAACAGACCUGAGGAUCAGGUGCUUAUGUGAGCCUUAAGAGACUUCAAUUUGCCUAAAAUAGUGACAGAUGAUAUCCCAAUUUUCAUGGGCCUGAUCAGUGACCUGUUUCCAGCUCUGGAUGUUCCGAGGAAGAAGAACCUGCAAUUUGAACAGAUGGUUAAACAAUCUACCCUGGAGCUUCACUUGCAGCCUGAAGAGAGCUUUAUUCUCAAAGUUGUUCAGCUGGAGGAGCUACUGGCAGUGUGUCACUCUGUGUUUGUCGUUGGAAAUGCAGGGACUGGAAAGAGUAAGGUGCUGAAAGUUCUGCGUCACACGUACGUGAACAUGAAACAAAAGCCUGUUUGGAAUCACCUUCACCCCAAAAUUCUGACAGCUGAUGAACUGUUUGGUUUUAUACACCGUGCAACCUGAGAAUGGAAAGAUGGUCUCCUGUCAUCUCCUCUGAAAGAGCAAGCUAAUAUUACCCAUGAGGGGCCAAAAUGGUUAGUUUUAGGUGGGGAUAUAGAUCCUAUGUGGAUUGAGUCGCUCAACACUGUUAUGGAUGCUAACAAGGUUCUGACCCUUACAAGCAAUGAACGUGUGCCUAUGACUUUGUCAAUGUGGCUGCUAUUUGAGGUACGCCAUUUAAGAGCUGCUACCCCAGCUACAGUAUCCAGAGCUGGUAUUCUCUAUCUGAACACCGAGGACGUGGGGUGGAAUCUGUAUGUUGCCAGCUGGAUAGAAACAAGGAGAUACCAAUCCGAAAAGGCUAACUUGACUGUUCUCUUUGAUAAAUAUGUGCCUCCUCAGUUAGAACAACUCGGAACAAGAUUUAAAACUGUUACUCCUAUUCCUGAGAAUAGUAUGGUUCAGACACUGCUGGAUUGUUUUCUGACCCCUGAAAAUGUGCCAAUGGAUUGCCCCAGAGAGCUCUAUGAGAUAUAUUUUGGUUUUGCUUGUAUUUGGGCGUUUGGUGGGGUGCUCUCUCAAGAUCAGCUUUCAAAAUACCAAGCUUAAUUCAGCUGCUGGUGGCUUAAGAAGAUGAAAGCAGUGAAGUUUCCAUCCCAGGGCACAGUGUUCGAUUAUUACCUUGAUCCAGAGACAAGGAAGUUCCUGCCCUGGGUGGAUAAGGUCCUGGGUCCUGAUGUGGAUCCAGAUGCAUCCCUGCAGGCAAUCUUUGUUCACAUAUCUGAGACUGCAUGUCUCAAAUAUUUUAUUGAUUUACUCUUAACAAAAGGCAAACCAGUCAUGCUUGUUGGAAAUGCCGGAGUAGGAAAAACAGUGUUUGCAGGUGAUAGGCUUGCUGCUCUCUGUGAAGACUACCUCCUGGCUAACAUCCCUUUCAACUACUACACAUCAUCAGCAGUGCUCUAGAAAAUGCUUGAAAAAAAGCUGGAGAAAAAAGCUGGUCAUAACUAUGGUCCAGUAGGAAAUAAGAAACUUAUCUAUUUUAUUGAUGAUUUGAAUAUGCCUGAAGUGGAUAGAUAUGGAACAGUUCAACCUCACACGUUGAUUUGGCAGCAUAUAGAUUAUGGACACUGGUAUGAUACGAAGCUAACUAUUAAAGAAAUUCAUAAUUGUCAGUAUAUUGCCUGUAUGAAUCCAACCGCUGGCAGCUUCACUAUCAACCCUAGGCUCCAGGUAUGACGUUUUGCAGUAUUUGCUUUGAACUUCCCUUCUUCAGAUUCCCUGACUAUCAUCUGUAGCAAGAUAGUUUGCUUCCACUUCCAGCAACAUGCUUUUACUCCAUCAUUAAUCAAGAAUAUUCCAGCCAUCGUACAAGCAGCCAUAUGGCUUCACCAGGCAGUGGUUCAAAACUUCCCACCAACUGCUAUGAAGUUCCACUAUGUCUUUAACAUGAGAGACCUCUCCAGUGUCUUCCAGAAUGUGGAAGACCAAGUGUUGCUGCAAUCUCCGCUCAUCUAUUGCCAUUUUGCAAACAGCAGAGCAGACCCUUGCUACAAGCCAGUGAAAGGGCGGGAACCACUGAGGAAUAUACUUGAGGAGUUCCUAGAAAGCUACAAUGAAAUGCAUGCUCCUGUGAACCUAGUCUUAUUUGAGGGUGCCAUGCAGCAUGUGUGCCAGAUCAGUUGUACCCCAGAAGCCCCUAGGGGUUAUGCACUUCUGAUUGGAGUAGGUGGUAGCGGUAAACAAAGCUUGUCGAGGCUGGCAGCAUACAUCUGCUCCAUGGAGGUUUUCCAAAACACUGAAGACUACACGAUCCAGGACCUGAGGGUAGAUCUUGCCAGUUUGUACAUCAAGACUGGUGCCAAGAACAUGCCCACAGUGUUUUUGCUGACAGAUGCCCGGGUUCCAGAUGAAUGCUUUCUUGUGCUGAUUAAUGACUUGUUGGCAUCAGGAGAAGUUCCAGAUCUGUUCAGUGAUGAAGACGUGGAGGGCAUAGUUACAGCAGUUAGAAAAGAAGUACGAGCCCUGGGCCUGAUGGACACCAGAGAAAGCUGCUGGAGGUUCUUCUUGAGUAGAGUGCGGCUGCUGUUAAAAAUCGUUCUGUGUUUCUCGCCUGCCGGUGCCACGCUGUGAGCGUGAGCUCGGAAGUUCCCAGCCAUAGUUAACUGCACCGCUAUUGACCGGUUUCAUGAGUGGCCGCGGGAGGCCCUGCGCUCCAUCAGCAGGAGGUUCAUUGAGCAAGCCGAGGGGGUCGAGCCACUCAUCCAGGACUCCAUUUGUGAUUUCAUGGCUUAUGCCCACACCAGUGUGAAUAUGCUGAGUGCCAAAUGCAAUCGUAAUGAGAGGCGAUACAAUUACACCACUCCGAAGAGUUUUCCGGAGCAAUCAUGCUUUAAGAUCCUCCUAGAGAAGAAAAGCAAGGAGAUGUCGGGACACACGGAGCACUUGGUGAAUGGCAUGCAGAAGCCAAAGGCAGCAGCUUUCCAGGUAGAAUAUUUAAAAUCCAAACUUGCUUCUCAAGAGACAGAACUGCAACUGAGAAAUCAAGAUGCUGAAGCUUUGAUUGCUAAGAUGGGGUUUCAGACUGCGAAAGUGAGUCAAGAAAAGGCCAUUGCAGAUACAGAGGAGCAAAAGGUAGCAGAAAUCCAAGGAGAAGUAGUAUAUUUGAGACAGAAAGAAUGCGAGGAUGACCUGCUGAAAGCUGAACCUGCUCUUGUUGCUGCUGCAGCAGCCUUAGACACGCUUGAUAAGGUUAAUAUUACAGAACUGAAAGCCUUCACCAACCCACCAGUGGCUGUAACCAAUGUUAUUGCUGCAGUAAUGUUUUUGUUGGCAUAUAAAGGGAAAGUGCCCAAAGACCGAAGCUGGAAAGCCGCAAAAGUCUUUAUGGGAAAGGUUGAUGACUUCUUACAAGCUUUAGUCAACUAUGAUAAGGAGCAUAUUCCUCAGAAUUGUCUGAAAGUUGUCAAGGAACAUUACUUGAAAGAUCCAGAUUUCAAUCCAAAUUAUGCUCGUACAAAAUCCUUUGCAGCAGCUGGUCUUUGUGCCUGGGUCAUCAAUAUAGUAAAAUUCAAUGAGGUGUAUUGUGAGGUAGAGCCAAAACGAUGUGCAUUGGCCCAGGCAAAUACUGAAUUAGCAGCAGCUACAGAAAAACUAGAAGCCAUCAGGAAAAAGCUUCUUGUUCUGGAUAGCAAUCUGAGUAAGCUCACAGCUUCACUUGAGAAAGCAGUUGCAGAGAAAGUCCAAUGUCAAGAUGAUGUGAAUCGAACAAACAAAACUAUUGAGCUGGCCAACAGGCUGGUCAAGGGACUUGAGGUAAGAAGGUGGCAUUGGAGCCAGUCUGUUGAAAACAUCAAAGCACAAAAGAAAAAUUUGUGCGGUGACAUCAUAUUAACAGCAGCAUUUGUGUCUUACUUUGGACCCUUCACAAAACAGUAUCGCUAGGGACUGAUGGAACAUUUCUGGAUUCCUUUUCUAAAGUCACAAAAGGUUCCUACUCCUGUGGCGGAGGGCCUGGACCCGAUUGCCACGUUGACGGAUGAUGCUACGAUGGCAGCAUGGAGUAACGAGGGACUGCCUGGUGAUAGGAUGUCAACAGAAAAUGCCACUAUUCUAACAAACUGCGAGCGCUGGCUUCUGAUGAUAAAACCCCAGCAACAGGGAAUUAAAUGGAUAAAGAAUAAAUAUGGAGCUGACCUUAAAGUCAUACAUCUAGGACAGAAAGGGUAUGUGCAUACCAUUGAAAGAGCUUUGGCUUGCGGAGAGAUUGUACAAAUUGAAAACGUGGGUGAAUCUAUUGAUCCCAUACUUGAUCCCCUGCUUGGAAGACACGCAGUUAAAAAGGGAAAAUAUAUCAAGAUUGAAGACAAGGAAUGUGAAUUCAACAAGAAUUUCUGUCUCAUCCUUCACACUAAACUGGCUAACCCUCACUACAAGCCAGAACUGCAGGCUCAGACCACCCUCAUUAAUUUCACUGUCACCAGGGACGGGCUGGAAGACCAGCUGUUGGCUGAGGUUGUUAGUGCUGAAAGGCCAGACUUAGAAAAACAUAAGUCAAUCCUGGCCAAGCAGAAGAACCGUUUCAAGACUGAGCUCAGGCAGCUGGAGGAUGACAUGCUGCUCAGCCUGUCAGCUGCCCAGGGCAGUUUCUUAGACAACAGUGAACUUGUAGAGAAACUCGAAUCAACAAACUCAACUGCAGCAGAAAUACAGCGCAAGAUAGCUGAAGCCAAAGAAAAUGAAGCUCAGAUUAAUGUGACAAGAGAGCAUUACAGACCAACAGCCAUAAGAGCAUCCAUUCUUUACUUCGUUAGCAAUAGUCUGGGCAACAUCAACCACAUCUACCAGUUUUCACUGAAGGCCUUCAAUGCAGUCUUCCACAAAACAAUUAAGCAGGCUGAAAAAUCAGGGGAUAUUCAGUGUCGUAUCUCUAACCUGACAGAAGCUGUCACAUAUUCAACCUUUCUUUUCACAAGCCAAGGACUUUUUGAAAAGGAUAAGCUCAUUUUCUUAGCCCAGACAGCUUUUCAGAUUCUUCUAAGAAGUAAAGAGAUAGAACUCCUUGAAUUGGAGUUCCUCGUUUGAUUCAGAGUUGAACACACUUACGAGAGUCCUGUUGACUUCUUAACUACUCAAUCAUGGAGUGCCAUUAGGGCUAUGGCAGUGAUGGAUGUGUUCAGGGGGUUAGACAAAGAUAUUGAAGGAUCCACCAAGAGGUGGAAGAAAUGGGUGGACUCAGAAUGUCCAGAAAAGGAAAAGCUCCCCCAGGAAUGGACAAAAAAAAAAAUCUCUUUUCAGAAAUUAAUCAUACUGAGGGUGCUCCGUCCUGACAGAAUGAUGUACGCUCUUAAAAACUUUGUGGAGGAAAAGCUUGGCUCAAGGUAUGUGGAAAGCACAAGGAUGGACUUAGCAAAAUCCUGUGAAGACAGCAGUCCAGCCACUCCUGUGUUUUUCAUUCUGUCUCCAGGAGAAGACUCACUUGAAGAUACUGAGACACUAGGUAAGCGUCUUGGCUUCACUAGAGACUCUGGAAGAUUUCACAACAUCUCUUUAGGACAAGAGCAGGAGAUGGUUGCAGAGGAGGCACUUGAGAAGGCUGCCAGACAUGGCCAUUGGGUUCUUCUCCGUAAUAUUCAUCUAGUAGCCAAGGGGCUACGAACUUUGGAAAAACUCCUCAAGCAAUACAGUGAAGAAAGUCAUCCUGAUUUCCGUGUCUUUAUUAGUGCUGAACCAGCUCCAACCCCAGAAGAGCACAUCAUUCCUCAAGGAAUGCUAGAAAACUCGAUUAAAAUUACCAGUGAACUUCUUACAGGGAUGCUGGCUAAUUUACGUGCUGUACUCUACAGUUUUGACCAGGAUACCCUUGAACUGUGUACCAGAGAAGCGGAAUUUAAAGGCAUCCUUUUUUCUCUGUGCUAUUUUCACGCUUGCCUUGCUGGGAGACUGAAGUUUGGCCCUCAGGGCUGGAAUGGAAGGUACCCGUUCAGUGCUAGAGAUCUCGCCGUCUGCGUAACUGUCCUCUGCAACUGUUUAGAGACCCAUACGAAGGUUCUGUGGGAAGACCAGCGUUACCUCUUUGGUGAGAUCGUGUACGGUGUCCACAUCACCGAUGCCUUGGACUGCAGGCUCUGCUGUAUGUGUCUGCAAGAAUUCAUCAGCCCACCUGCGCUUGAAGGGGAACUGACUCUGGCACCAGGUUUCUUGGCCCCACCAAAUCUGGAUUAUGAUGGAUACCAUAAACACAUAGAUGAAAUGCUUCCAUCUGAAAGCCCUGUACUAUAUGGACUGCACCCUAAUGCUGAGAUGGGAUACUUGACAGCAAGGUCAGAUAAUCUCUUCAAAACUCUUUUGGAAAUGCAACCCAUGAAUUCAUUCGUAGGAGAAGGCUCAUGCCAGUUUGCAGAGGAAAAGGUUAAGAACGUCCUGGAUAGUAUUCUGGAGAUGCUUCCUGAGGAGUUUAAUAUGGCAGAAAUCAUGCAGAAGACUACUGCCUGGCGCCUCUAUGCCCUUGUUUGCCUUCAAGAGUGUGAGAGGAUGAACCUCCUCCUUUCAGAGAUCCGUAGGUCUCUUAAACAGCUGGACCUUGGUCUGAAGGGCGAGUUGAUGUUUUCUCCUCACAUGGAAGUGCUGCAGUCCGCACUCUUCUAUGAUGCUGUGCCAGUCACAUAGACUAAACUAGCAUAUCCAUCCACGAACAGCCUUGCCCACUGGGUUACCAAUCUUCUCAUGCAAUACAGAGAACCUGAGAUCUGGACACAGGACCUUGUGCUGCCAGCAGUAGUGUGGCUUUCUGGCUUGUUCAAUCCUCAGUCCUUUCUGACAGCUGUAAUGCAGAGCACGGCACUCAAGAACAACUGGCCUUUGGAUAAGGUGUGCUUGACUGUAGAUGUUACCAAAAAGACCAAAGAAGAUUAUGGCUACCCACCAAGGGAAGGAGCCUGUAUCUGUGGGCUUUCCAUGGAGGAUGAGAAAUAA